AUGCACCUACCACAAUUCAUCUCCACACCCCAGGAUGACUGGAGCAGUCCAAGAAGCCGCCCCGCGGCGCAUUCCGGUCUGCGCCCGCAGUCUUUGGCCGAGGUCGGCAUCCGACGAAAUCCAGAGGGAACCGGCGCGCCGCCCGCCCCACCCGGCGAGCGCCGACUCGCCCGCUUCCACCCGCCCAACACCAGCUCGCUGGGCGGAUCUACCCUCGAGCUGGCACCGAGUUAUCGCAGAACGCGUCUUUGCGGAUUCAUAACG